AUGGUUGAGGCACUAAUUCCGAAGAAAGAAAUUGUUUCCGAAAGCGAAGCCCAAGAGUUAAUUAGGCAAGGAAAAGGCAACUACAUUAAUUAUCAAACUUAUGUGGAAUUGGAUGAUAAAAUUACGAUUAGCCAUUAUGAUGAAAAAUCCAAUGAGUUGCCAUUAGUAAAACCAGUUAGCGGAGUUAAUAAAGGAGCAGUGGAAAAUAACGACCAUAAAAAUACUGGAGGAGGAGUUAUCACUCAUUCGGAAGAAAAAGAAAAUUCAUCAUUAGAUAAUGAUUUUUGGUUAAAGUAUUUCCAAGAAAAAGAUAUCAAACAAAUAACAUUAACUCCCAAAGGCAAUUUAUUGAUUGAAUAUAAUAAUGGUAAAUCUAAAAUGAUAACUAAUAGUCAGGUUCAACAAUCAGAAUUCCAAAAAGUUAUCAGUUAUUGCCAAAAAAAUAAUCAAACUAAUUUAAGCCAGCAAGAUUUAAUUAAUAUGCGGUCUAAUUCUAACUCGCCAACUACAAGUUCGAAAAAUAAUAUUAUUUUAUUGGUAACUCUUGGUAUUAGCGGAGUCUUGAUAAUUGGAAUAAUUGUUGGGUUGUGGUUGAGAAAGAAUAAAGUUAGAAAACAUUAA